AUGGUGCAUUGUGCAACCAAUCACAUCACUCCCAGCGACAACAUUAUAUGGUGCACUACACUGUGCAACCAAUCACAUCGCUCCCAGCGACAACAUUUCAUGGUGCACUACACUGUGCAACCAAUCACAUCGCUCCCAGCGACAACAUUCCAUGGUGCACUACACUGUGCAACCAAUCACAUCGCUCCCAGCGACAACAUUCCAUGGUGCACUACACUGUGCAACCAAUCACAUCGCUCCCAGCGACAACAUUUCAUGGUGCACUACACUGUGCAACCAAUCACAUCGCUCCCAGCGACAACAUUCCAUGGUGCACUACACUGUGCAACCAAUCACAUCGCUCCCAGCGACAACAUUAUAUGGUGCACUACACUGUGCAACCAAUCACAUCGCUCCCAGCGACAACAUUUCAUGGUGCACGACACUGUGCAACCAAUCACAUCGCUCCCAGCGACAACAUUCCAUGGUGCACUACACUGUGCAACCAAUCACAUCGCUCCCAGCGACAACAUUCCAUGGUGCACUACACUGUGCAACCAAUCACAUCGCUCCCAGCUAUGUUUGAAUGGUAAUUGUUCCAGAAUACACUUCAAUGGAAAUGGAAAUAAGGUUGAAGAAUUAGACCUUCCUUCAUUCAUGAAAACAGAGGGUGGAGUAUUGUGUGCAUUAAUUCUCUUUGUCUUUGUGUGGAGAUUAAUUGGCAUUUGUGAUACAAAGCGGACACAACGAAUCAAAAGGGUAGAUUUAGAGGGGAGAAAGAAAUGUGGGGGCAACCUCUUUUUCAUUUGGUUUUGUCUCUCUUUCGCAAAUUUUGUAACAUGCAGUAUAGGAGCAUCAAAAGUAAUCCCAUUUUAUAAAUAUGAAGUCUCUAAGAACUAUACAUACGUGUACAACUGUGAUUCCAAAUUCUAUAGCUUUUACCACAAUACCAAGAUUGGACAAUUGGUCGUAGUCGUGCCAUAUGCUGCUUACAUUCUUAUCACCAUCUUUGUAGUCAUUCCAAAGGGAAAAGUUUGGUUUUUGCGACAUAAAUGGCGUCAGUGGGCCAGUCUUCUUGAUGCCGACCAAGAUGGCAUCAUCAGCACACGUGACAUGGAGAAGAUCAACGCCAGACUAGAAGAGCUCCGACAAGCAAUUGGGGAUAGAACGACACCUCUAGAUGCAGAAAAACAGAACAAAUGGUGGAACGAUCAUAUAUUCAAAAGAGAAGUCGACAAAGAUAUUUCUAUUGACGGCUAUAUUAAUUAUCUUGAAGGAAUUUAUAAUCCUGCGGAUACGGAGAAAAAAAUGCGCCCUGUUAUCACUGGCUUUUUUAAUUUUUUCUCAACUCCUGAAUUCCGAAAGCAGAAUCAACCAAUUAUUGAAGAAGAUUUUAUCAAGUUUUGGACGAUAUUAAAAAAUAUUGAUAAACUCCACUGCAGGAGAUCAUUUAUCAGACAUUUCCUGAAUCCAUUGACAAUGGCUAGUUUUCUUGAGGAUUUCGUUGCCUUUUUAUCUUAUAAUGAUUUCUUCGAUGAAAACACAACCAGAGUUCAUAAUUUAUUAAAACCUCCCGGAAAGUGAAACUUCAUUGUAUAAUACUACUUAAACGAUCUUUCGAAAUUUACAUGUUAAGCAUGACCUCGUCUAGAAGCAUUCAUACGUUCAUUUAUCACGUAAAAAUUUGGUCUUGCAGCUAGCUAGCGGUAAUAUUCAAUCACAGAAACAAAAUAUUAUUGGCAAUAUAUAGCU